UGGUAUUAUUCAACACACAAAGAGUCAAACAACCGUUUACGAUAACGUUACAACAUUUAACAUGCAUUUAAAUUCUUCUCGAAGAAAUUAAAGGUAGCUAUGAUUUGAAAAUAAUUUGUGUACACAGGAAAAUGCAAUCGCUAGCUAGCAAACUAUCCUAUUUACCUGCAGAACUAGCUAGCUAUGCUAACAAACUAACGUUAGCUAGCUAGAUAGCUAAGUGUUGUCUCAGCAAGAACAGCUUGAAGAUCCGCUCAAGUUGUCGAAUGUUGUACCAAUCGUCUUUCCCUCUCAUCUUUAACAUGACAUGUAUACAUAGUCACAGAAAAACACAGUCAGUGUACUCAACUUGGAGUCAAUGUGUACAACAACACGAGACUAGGCCGAUGCGAAUACUGAAACGCACUGUUUCAGGUGUUGACAGACUUGGUAUCUACUAUCCCGUGUUACAGGUGGUUGUCCCUGUAGUAACUUAUGCAGCAGUGAUGGCUGUAUAUGUCCACAACAAGGGUAUACCGUGGGAGGUCCAGCAGAAUGGCACCCUGGCACCAGUGGACCGUCUCCGCAACGAGAGGUCUGAAAGCCCCACUCCAGGCCUGGUGGUGGGCACAGAACCAGGUGCUGGCCAGGAGAGUGCCAUGUUUGUUCAUGCACAGUCCUUUGAGGACCUGACUGCUGACAGUGAGCCAACUACUGAGCCAGAACCUGAAGGAGAGACUGUGCUUGGAGAGUCAGCAGAGGAGGAGGCUCUAUGUCUGGGGGCUGAGCAGGAGACCCAGGAGGAACAGCAGCCGGAGGUAGAGGAGGAGCGCCCAGAGAACAGGAGUAAGGAAGAGGAUGUGUGCAGUGAGGUCUGGCGUAGCCACAGGAAGCAUGUGUUUGUACUGAGCGAGGCAGGCAAGCCCAUCUACACCCGCUACGGCACAGAGGAAGCCCUCUCCAGCACCAUGGGGGUCAUGAUGGCACUGGUCUCUGUCGUGGAGGCAGAUAAGAAUAUCAUCCGCUCCAUUCACGCAGACGGUUACAAAGUGGUGUUCCUUCGCAAAACUCCUCUGGUCCUGGUGGGUGUUUCCCGGACCUGUCAGUCAGACAGAGAGCUGACGCGUGAGUUGCAAUACAUCUACUACCAGAUUGUCAGCCUGCUCACCCUCACCCAGCUCAACCACAUCUUCCAGCAUAAGCAGAACUACGACCUGCGCCGCCUACUGGCAGGCUCCGAGCACCUCACUGACAACCUGCUGCGUCUGCUGGACCGCGACCCGGGCCUGCUCCUCAGUGCUGUCACCUGCCUCCCCCUGGCCAGCUCCACCCGCGACCUGGUCUCCUCCAGCCUUCAGGCCGCCAAGGCCAAGAGCUUGGUCUUCUCCAUCCUCUUGGCUGGGGACCGUCUGGUCACCCUGGUGCGCAAGAAGGACCAGUACCUGCACCACAUGGACCUGCACCUGCUCUUCAAUCUGGUGGGCUCCUCGUCAUCUUUCCGCGAGGGCGAAGGUUGGACACCCAUCUGCCUCCCUAAAUUCAACACUGCUGGCUUCUUCCAUGCCCACAUCUCCUACCUGGAGCCUGCCUCUGACCUCUGCCUCAUCCUGGUGUCCACCGACCGGGAAGACUUCUUUAACCUGUCUGAUUGCAAGCGCCGCUUCCUGGAGCGGCUGAGCCGACGCACUGCCUACCAGUCCCUGAAGGAGGCACUGAAGUGCCCCAGCUACUCUGUCACCCAAGUCAACAUCCCAGAGCUCAGGCACUUUCUGUACAAGUCCAAGAGCUCAGGGCUCUACACUAGCCCUGAGCUGCCCUUGCCAUACCAAUCUUUAGAGGACCAGGAGAGGCUGAUGGGAUUGUACCAGUACCUCCACAGCCGCUUGCACCAACCGACACGUCCCCUGCGCUCCAUCUACCGCUGUGGAGAGACUGAGAACUUGCUUGCCUGGGUGACCAGUGGCUUUGAGCUCUACCUCUGUUUCAGUCCUCUUGGGACCAAGGCCAUGGCCGUGGCUGCUGUUAAUAAGCUGCUGAAGUGGAUCAGGAGGGAGGAGGACCGCCUCUUCAUCCUUAGUCCCCUGACAUACUGAGCCCCCAUCUGAACUAGCUACAGUUCCAAGAAGCCCUGGCCCUCUAAACUCUCCUCAUGACGUUGAAGUCUGAUGGUCACCAUUGGAGGCCAUGGAUAUAAUGCCAACAAACCAUCAUGCAUCACUGUUGUGCAUAUAUGCAGUCUGUGUUUGCUCUUUGCAGACCCUUCAGUCUAUGGUCAUCAGGGGGUCCAAUGAGGUCAUCACAAUGAGAGUACAGCUAUGUUUUAUCAAACAUAAUUUUUUUAUUUUAAUUGUUUGCUUCAACUAAGGUGAUUGCCCUAUGGGAAUUGAGAGUUACGCAGCAGACAUUUCAAUUAAUAACAAUAACAUCUGUGAUGCUGUCCCUGUUGCUAUAAGAUUAUUAUUUUAAACUCACUUUAUGGAAUCACUACCUGGACAUGAGGAAUGCUGUGUGUUGUUUUAGCAGUAACCUACAAAUAUAACAAAUAGAGACUGACCAUCUUGAAAAGGAACUACAUUUGUUUUUAUCUAACUCUAGUAUGUGCCUGAGGGGCUGUUUUAUGUUUACCAAGAUGCUCUUGCUUGGUUAGGGGAUGCAUGUCAAGGGCAACGGUUAACUUUCUGGGGAAAGCACAUUCCUGUGACACAAUAGAGUCAAUAUUGUCAAUAGUCCCUUAUAGUUAGCCCGAUAAUUGAUGAAACCCAAAAAAUAUUAAUCUCACUUAAUGACUGUAAUGCAGUUAGCCCCAUGCGCUCUACUUAGGCACAUAUGCGCAUACUUAAAAAUAUACUUAUUCAUUUCAUUAUUUUGUUUGUCUGCAUACUGCAAGAGUAAUGUGAAAAUUCUACCAUGAUUACUGUUUAGUUUUUUCAAAAGAUUGUUUUGAAUUAUUUUUUUUUUAAUGAUUAUUUGUGUCUUCAUUUUUUGCUUGGAUUAAUGUUUUGAUCAUGGAUUUUCACAGUCAAAGAUGAUGUAAUUGGAAAAGUAUCUUUAUUUUAAGAUGGGAAUCUCUGAGGUGUCUGUAUUAAUAUGAUUUUUGUUAUCUCACAAAUUAUAAGUGUUUUAUGGGUCCA